UUACAAUAUGGUACUGAAUGUAGAAAAACAGAGAGAGGUAGCACAUGUACCAUUUUUUCAUAAUGAUGUCUCAGCCGCUAUGGCAGUACAGAAUUAUAAGAGAUUUAACAGCAGAGACAGCAGAUCAAUGGCUUAUAGAAGCAAUAAUUCAAAGAAAGAAGGUCCGUAUUGUGAUCAUUGCAAGUCAGGAGGCCAUACUAAGGAUUCAUGUUUCAAAUUAAUUGGUUAUCCAGAAUGGUACUGGGAUUUAAAGAAGCAAAGAUCUUCAAACUCACAGGCACAUAAUGUCUCAAAUGUUUUUGCUGAUCUUAACCCGGCUAACACUCCUUUAGAGGCAAAUUUGAAUUUCUCUGCAGGGACUACUGCUACUGCUCCCAGUACACAGAUAUCACAACUGGCUCAAGAAGUCCUUCAAGCAAUACAGCUUCAAAACUUGAUUCCUUCAUCAACUGAUCCUAGUAUGGUCAAUAUUGCAUCAACUUCUAGUUUUGCAGGAUUUGCUGAGUAGUAAGACAUUGGCCAUUGGACUUGUACAAGCAGGACUGUAUAUGAUUGAUCACAAAUCAUUCAGCCUUAAACAAUGUCCCAAUUCUACUGCUUUUCAUGUUUCUUCAAAUUUUAGUUCAAAUAAGUGUUUACUUUGGCAUUCUAGACUAGGGCACUUGUCCUUACCUAGACUUAGACAUGCUGAUGUAAUCUCUAAUGAUGAAAUAAAAGAAUUUUUUUGUCCUAUCUGUCCUUUAUCAAAACAGCAUAGACAACCAUUUCCUACAAGUCAGUCAACUUCCUUGAAUCCCUUUGCCUUAUUACACAUUGACCUGUGGGGACCUUACACAGUCUCCUCCAUAUCAGGUGCCAAGUACAUGCUUACAAUUGUUGAUGACCAAACCAGAUAUACCUGGAUAUAUCUACUUAACACAAAGUUCCAAGUUCCUUCUACCCUUAAUCAUUUUUUUAUUCACAUUAAAACUCAAUUUCAGCAAACAAUCAAAGCAGUAAGAACAGACAAUGGCAGUGAAUUUCUUAAUUCACAGUGCAAACAACUUUUCCUUUCCCUUGGUAUUCUCCAUCAAACUACAUGUGUCUAUACUCCACAACAGAAUGGUGUUGUGGAGAGAAAACAUAAAACUCUUUUAGAAGUAGCUAGAUCUUUGAUGUUUCAUUCAAAACUCCCAAACCAAUUCUGGUCAGAAGCCUUAAUGACAGCCACACACAUAGUUAACAGAACCCCUUCUAUUGUACUUGAUUGGAAAACACCUUUUGAAAAACUAUAUCAAGAACCACCUGAUUUGUCUUACUUCAAAGUAUUUGGAUGUUUAGCCUAUGCUACUAAUACAAAACCACAUAAGACCAAAUUUGAAUCAAGAGCUAUACCUUCUGUGUUUAUUGGUUAUGCAAAAAAUCAAAAGGCUUACAAAUUAUAUGAUAUUCACACCAAACAGUGUUUCUUUUCUAGAGAUGUCAUUUUCCAUGAACAUCAUUUUCCCUUUUCUUUUUCCAAACCCACAGACAUUACU